AUGUCUCCAAUUCGGCCAAAGGCACCAAAGACGCCAGAAGCACCUCAGCAUGCCGAACCCUCGCCAACCUCACAGUUAGCCACGUCACCAGCUUCUUCGAUGCCAUCAUCGUUGAUGGACUCGAAGCGUCUACUCGAAGAAGAAACCUUAGUCGUCGACCUGGUAACGACGGACGAAGUGGUCUUGCCUGCUCAACUGCCUCAGACAGUCGCUAUUCCGUCUGGUCCCCAGCCGCCGAAACCAAAGACAUCAACAAUCCAGCCGUUGAAACGCAUCAGGCGCCCCGACAUUGAGAAGGGUACUAAGAUUAUCUUAUCAGGAUUGGAUGAAUAA